ACCCCUCAGUCCUCACACUCAGACACUAGUCCUUCUUUCGCCGCACCUAUUUGAGAGAUGGCCAAGGACAGCUGUUUGAGUCGCAUGGCCGCCGGCGCAGCUGUCGGCGGCGCUGUUGGUUGUGCCGUCGGUGUGAUGUAUGGGUCAUUUGAGGCUAUACGGUGUAAGGUGCCAGGGGUAGAAAAGAUCAGGUUCGUUGGCCAGAGGACAGUUGGCACUGCAGCUCUUUUUGGUAUAUUCUUAAGUGCUGGAUCAUUGAUACAUUGUGGGAAGUCCUAUUAAGCUCGUUUGCUGCCUUGUAGAAUAAAAUGAAAAUCUUGUUCUAUAUACAAUGACGUGUUGAAUGUUGAGUUAUACAGUAUGGAGUUGAGGGUGAUUAGUAUUUAUGUUUUCUUGUUUAUCCUCUUAUUGUUAUUUCGGCCAGCAAGUCAGAUAUUGUUUUCCAGUUUAUCAAUAUUUCUGGUGGCAAUGAUUUGAGUUCUUAAUCUGUUUGACUCAGAAGCUUCCUUGAUUACAUUAUUCCACAGGCAAUGAUAGAGCACAGCAUUGUCAUU